UCACCCUUUACUUGUUCCUCCAUGGCUGCUUCUCUAACCUCUCCACUGUGUGACCAGCAACAUUCAAAUUCCAAUGAAAGAUAUGAAGAAACACUCGCCAAGUUACCUAUAGGCAAAGGCUGGGCGACCGAACAUCUGGUUCAUUACCAAGGCUUUUGGCUAACCCCUAGAACAGCCUUGAAAGGUUUAAUGUGGAUCCAAGACCACUUCAAUCCUCGAGCCACCGAUAUUUUCCUAGCCUCGUCCCCGAAAACCGGCACCACUUGGCUCAAGGCACUCAUUUUCGCCAUCGUCAACCGCACCCGCUACGGUAUCUCCGACCACCCUUUGCUCACCGCUGGCCCUCACGAUUGCUUCCCUUUCUUGGAUACUUACGUAGACGGAAACAAUCGGUCUUUACACGAACUUGAUGUGUUGCCUUCACCACGUCUCCUCUCAACCCAUCUCCCUUUAGGCUUGUUACCGAAUUCCAUGACCGAUGAUCAAAGUUGCAGGUUGGUUUACAUCUGCAGGGACCCCAAAGACGUGCUUGUUUCCAAAUGGCUAUUCCUGAACAAGCUAAGGCCUAGACAAUUGCCACCCUUGUCGCUUGAGGAAGCGUUUGAGUUGUUUUGUCAAGGGGUAUCCCAUUACGGACCCUAUUGGAACCAUGUUUUAGGGUAUUGGAAAGCAAGUUUAGAAAACCCAGAAAAGAUACUCUUCUUGAAGUACGAAGAUUUGAAGAAGGAUCCCUUUGUUGUUGUUAAGAGGUUAGGUGAAUUCAUAGGCCACCCUUUUUCAUUGGAGGAAGAGAGUGGAGGAGUGGUUGAAGGAAUAUUGAAACUGUGUAGCUUUGAGAAUUUGAGCAAUUUGGAAGUGAAUAAAACAAGUGUGCUGAAGUAUAGCAGAGAUAUUAGGGUUGAUAAUCGAGAUUUCUUCAGGAAGGGAGAAGUUGGUGAUGGGAAUAAUUAUUUAACAGAGGAGAUGAUACAGCGUUUGAAUGCAAUCAUAUCUGAGAAGUUACUGGGUUCUGGAUUGGAAUUGGGCAACUAGUUUUUAAUGUUCGAUAUUUGAAUCGUGAUAAAACAAGUUAUCAUCAUAUCCUUAUCGUUAUUUCUGUGUUUGUAUCAUGUUUUUUAU